AUGACCAAAAAUAACACUCCAUAUUAUGAAGCAUUACCAACUAAUUUGAAACCGGCGCACUAUAACGUUUCAAUUACUGAUAUUAACUUGACUAAUGAUACAUUCAAAGGAGUUGUUGAAAUUGACUUAGAUGUCAUUGAGCCUACCAAUGAAUUACAUUUGAACUACAGAGAUCUUUCAGUAUCCGAAGAAAACAUUGACGUCACCUACGCUAAUGAAAAGGUAUCAAUUGAAUCACUUACUGAGUACAAGUCAAAAGAAUACUUUGUUGUCAAAUUGGCUUCAACAUUGGAAUCGGGUAAAGUGUUCGUCAAGAUCAAUUACGAUGCAAUUAUUCAAACCAAUAUGGCAGGGUUCUAUAAAUCGACUUAUUUGGAAAAUGGUGUUGAAAAGAGUAUGUUGAGUACUCAAUUUGAAGCAACAGAUGCACGUAGAGCAUUUCCUUGUUUGGAUGAACCACUUUUAAAAGCUACUUUUAAGGUAAGAAUUAUUGCCAAUUCGGAAUGGACAAUUAUCAGCAACACCCCCGUUGAAUCCAAAAGUGAUGUUUCCGAUGGCUUGCAAACAGUGGAAUUUGAAAAGACACCAAUCAUGUCCACUUACUUGUUAGCAUGGGCAUGUGGUGAUUUCGAAUAUGUUCAAAGUUUUACCAAGGACGAAUACAAUGGAAAACCAUUACCAGUGAGGAUCUACACCACUAAAGGAUACAUUCACGAAGCUCAAUUAGCUUCCGAAAUUACUCCUAAGAUUGUUGACUAUUUUUCCAAAAUUUUCCAAAUCAAGUACCCCUUGCCCAAAUUGGAUCUUAUUGCUGUCCAUUCAUUUUCUCAUAAUGCGAUGGAAAAUUGGGGACUAAUCACUUACAGAUCAACAGCAUUGUUGUAUAAUGAGGACAAAUCUGAUCCAUCCUAUAAACAGAAGGUAGCAUAUGUUGUUGCUCACGAACUUGCUCAUCAAUGGUUUGGUAACUUGGUGACUAUGAAGUGGUGGGAUGAAUUAUGGUUGAAUGAAGGAUUUGCCACUUGGGUUGGAUUUUUGGCUGUUGAUCAUCUUUACCCUGAAUGGGAUAUUUUCAGUGAAUUUGUGAGUGAAUCAUUGGAGCAAGCUUUGGAACUCGAUGGGUUAAGAAAUUCACAUCCCAUUGAAGUCCCUGUUGUCGAUGCAUUAGACAUUGACCAAGUGUUUGAUGCAAUUAGUUACUUGAAAGGUGCUUCUACAAUCUUGAUGAUUUCAAAGUAUUUGGGAACUGAAUUGUUCCUCCAAGGUGUGUCAUUAUAUUUGAACAAGAAUAAAUAUGGAAAUGCCACUAGUCAUGACUUGUGGGGAAGCGUUGGUGAAGUUAGUGGGAAACCAAUUGAUCAAUUAAUGAAUACUUGGAUUAAAAGGGUUGGGUUCCCUCUUGUUGCCGUUGAGACAAAGAAGCAGCAAUUGGAUCUUUCUCAAGGAAGAUUUUUGAAUGGGGGCGAUGUGACGCCUGAGGAAGAUGAAUCGAUCUGGUGGAUUCCAUUGAAUGCCAAAUCUGAUACUUCAAUUGCCCUUGAUUCGUUUGAUGAGAAGAAAGUAGUUGUUGAUAAUGUUGAUUUGAAAAAAGGGAAAUUCAUUAUUAAUCUGGAAACAUCUGGUUUUUACAGAGUCAACUACUCAGAUGAGAUUUUAACUCAAAAUGUCAUUACUCAUUUCGACUCAUUAACAUCAAGAGAUAAAGUUGGGAUUAUUGCUGAUUCAGCUGCUCUUGCGUGUGCAGGAAACAACUCCACUACAAAUUUCCUUAAAUUGGUUGAGAAAGUUGUACCCCAAUUGGGUGAUGAUUAUGUCGUUUGGUUAGAGUUGGGUAAGAAAUUAACUCAGUUCAGUAUUGUGUUUUCAACUGAGGAAACAAGUGCCAAAGUGAAUGCAUUUUUGAAACUGGUUUAUUCAGCAAAAGCAAUUCCAAUUAUUGAAUCAUUGAAAUCAUCCUCCGGUGGAUCUCAAAAUGCUGAUUUCACUCAAACGAAAUUCAGAUCAGAGAUUUUAAAUAAAGCGGGUAAGUUGCAAAUCCCACAAGUUUAUGAUUACGCGUUAUCGUUAUUCAAUAAAGAUAAACCAGUUCAACCUUGGUUACGUUCAUUUGUAUACUCCACCAUUGCCUCAUCACCAAAUUUCACUUUGGAUCAAUUUAACAAAAUUUUAAACUUGGUUACACAACCAGAUUCCUUGGAUUCUCGUGAAGUUGCAUUAGCUGCGCUUGGAUCAGUCACUAGCAAAAACAUCUCAAACGAAUUAAUUCCAUUGUUGGUUAAACCAGACAUCAUCCCCACAAUGGAUGCCCACUUUUUAGGACAUAGAUUGAGCAGCAAUAGUGCAACAAGAGACGAAUUUCUCAGUUUCUUUUUGAGCAACUAUGAUGCCAGUUUUUACAAGAUUAUGUCGACAAACAUGGUGGUGUUGGACCGAUUUGUCAAGUUGACUUUGAAAAAUUUCCAAAGUUUGGACAAGUUAAACAAGAUUGAUGACUUUUUCAAAACGAGGGAUGUUCAUGGAUUUGAACGUGCUUUGAAACAAUCAUUGGAUCAUAUUAGAAUCAAUGCCAAUUGGUACUCUAGAGAUCAUGAAGAGGUAAAAUCAUUUUUAGAAAAGUACUAA